AUGGCGUAUACAAACUGGGAAAACCAUGAACUAACCGUUGCCAAAAAACCAGGGGUGGGCAAGACCGCGCUUGUCGAGCGCUUUCUCCGCAACACCUUCAACCCCGCAACAGCCUCCACCGUCGGCGCAUCCUUCGUCACAAAGCGCGUCCUAGACUCCACCUCCGACACAGUCGUCAGGCUACAGAUAUGGGACACAGCAGGCCAGGAGCGAUUCCGCAGUAUUUCCAGACUGUACUACCGCUCCGCCAGCGCCUGCCUGCUAUGCUAUGAUAUCACCGAAGAAUCUAGCUUCUAUGAAAUGGCCGGCUGGCUGCGCGAAUUGCGCAAAAACACAAUGAACGAAGACGGCUCCGACUCCCUCGUUAUUCACGUCGUAGGCACGAAAUCCGAUCUCGUCGCCGAGGACCCCUCCCGUCGUCGCGUCCCCUUCGAACGCACGAUCGCCUACGUCGCCGAGCAACUAUAUCCUACCCAGGCAUCAACCCCGCCGCCUACUGCGACGGCCGGCGCGCUGGGCUUCGGCUCAGCGGUUUUCGGCGGGAGUGGUGGGAGCGCGUCGAAUGCUAGUGCCAGUGCUGCAGCGCUGCAGAGCCCGGACUCGAAGCGCAGCUCGGCGUUCUGGGGACAAGAGAUCGGGUGGGAUUGUUGUCAUGAGAUUAGUGCCCGGGAUGGGGAAGGGAUCGAUGAGGUUUUCCGCGUCAUUACGCGGAAGUUGGUGGAGCAGCGCAAUCGCAGGGAUAAUGAGCUCAUGUUUUCGAGUGCAGGGACUUCUGUGGUUAAUGGGAGUAUUGGGCCGUUUAGUCCUGGGUUUGUGGAGGGGACUGGCAGCUUUAGACUUGGAUAUGGUGAUAAGAGGAGGAGUUGGUUGGGGUUGGCCACGCCGAGUGUUGGUAAUGCGGAGGAAGUAGAGGUUUCGAAUGCUGCCAAGAGUAAAGGGCGUUGCUGUUGA